AUGCCAACCCGGGAGCUGGGAAGCUCGUUCGAUCCUCCCAAUCGCGUUCAAGCCGUCGGUACCACAUUGCUCAAGAAACACAAGAUCCUACCUCACCCGCGAAAGGAGCUCGUGCGAGAUAAUACACCUUCCACGCCGAAGGCGAACCAAAUCCAGAGCCUCGAAAUUGAUACCAGAUCCUCAUCUGUUGCCAGUUCUGAUGCGUCGAGCCCCAGAACGUUGAAACACACCCCGAAGAGAAUAGUCAGCCUUCCACCAACGCCACCGACCCAUUCCCGGCAGUCCUCAGGUAAUUACACAGCAAAUAGACAGGAUGCGAUAUCAAAAGAGCCUUCGAGGACAGGGUCAGUACCUGGUACACCAACAGACCAGAGAAGCCCACCUACCCCAGACGUAACCCCUCCGCGACGAAUUCCCCCAGCUUUCCGUCCUCAAACGUACGAUCGAUAUCCAUCUUCUCGCGCUGAGUCAUUCAAGACGGCGUUAGAAGAUCAAGAUUCCUCGGACGAAGAUCACCUGUCAACGGUGCGGCCCGUCCCAGCGUCGGGAAGAACUUCAACCACGGAAAUUCCACAGGUUCCCAAAAUCCCAGAAAGCUUUCAGAAGCGCAAAGAGAUAGGACUUGGACUCUCUAUAGAGUCCGAAAAUGGGGGAUCAACUACUCCACAACUGCUAGAAUCUCCUGGCCAGGAAUUUCAUGUCUUUGAUGGAGAAUGGGAAUCCGAAUCGAGCGAGGUAGAGCGGGAGUGGGAUGACAAUCUUAUGAGGAAUGUUACAGUCCGUAAAAGGCCUGGAAGAGUCCUCCCCGUGUAUAUGGAUAAUGCAAUGCCUGAAGUCCUGGAAGAUCUUGUCGUAUCACCAACACAAGCUACACGGACAGCACGUCAGUUGCCCUUACAAGAGCGUAAUACACCACUAGUAGACCAGAAUUUACCUUUACAAGAGAGAAUUGCACGACAUAGGAGGCAGAGGGACAGCGGAGAUCGAUCUGUGAGUGAGAAGUACGCGAAGAAGUCACAGUGGCACUACUCGGAGGGCUCUCCAGUCAUGCCUGAUGUCCGAAGAUUUUCGACAAUGUCUUCUCGCUCAGGAUCUACAGUCAUUGGUGCGAUAGUUGUCGAUGCUCCUCCAGUGCGGAGGAAAACCCUAAGGCAUACCAAGAAACACCUUGGGCUGCGAGAUUUCAGCUCAGAUCAAUCUACCAUUGAUUCCAAAUCAAACUCGGUCGUGUCAACUGAAGUCACGCAUCGUCUUCACCAUUCGAUCGGUCAGAUAUCUGAGCAUCGACAUCGUAGUCAACAAUCCAAUGGCACUAUCAGUAGUAGUUCAAGUGGAAGAGCCAGACGUGAUGUGAUUAGGAGUGGAGGUAUACCUGUUGUGGUGAUCCCAGAUCGACGCUCUUCCACAAAAUCUUCAAAAGCACCAUCUCUAAGGUCAACAAGCAGUAGAAAAACGAAACGAAGCUUGUCUCUAAGCUCGGCACCACUUUCUAGUUCUUCCAAAUUCAAUGAUCCAUCUUACUCCGAUAAGCUACAAUCACGGAAGAGGACAUUAUCUGAGUCUGCUGGGUCUGGAGACUCUGUGCGUACGAUAGAUUUUCCACCGAAAAUUCCUGUGAGGAGAUCAUCUCUCUCAGCCCCAACGAGCCGCAAUACCUCUCGAGCUGGUUCCUUGACCACUGAAAGUCUCAAAGCUCAUGACAAAUUUCAAAGCAAAAUCAUUCAACAGCCAGAAGCUAAAGUCGCGACAAGCUAUCGUUCCACCGAGUCCCACAAGGAGCUAGGAAGCCACGCAUCUCGGCCGAAUUUCGACCAAAAUGGUGAUCCUUUCUUCGGAAAACGCUUGUCAACGCAGGUCACUCCAUUUUCACAGAUGUCGUAUGAGACAGCGGGCACGAACCCCGUGGUGUCCGAGGCACUAGCGGUGUCAAUAUAUCCUCACCAGAACAAGUCUCUGCUCGUCGUUCAACAUGCAUCUACAGAACCAUCCCCAGCGAGUCUCAAGGCGUCAGAUCCCUCACAGUCAGCACCACCCUCUAUGAAACUGAACGGCGAAGCCACCGCACCAUAUACGCCUCCCCAACCGAGUCACCCUAUGGACGAGGUCGACUCGCCUUUGAGAAACCCUCGAGUCCCUCCUGAACCACCUGCGAUCAAAUUUAUUCCAGCCACACCAGCGGUCUUGACACCUAGCCAAGAAGAACAAAAGCAACUUGGUUUUGACUUCGAUGAGUAUGAGGAGAGACCAGCGACAUCUGAUAGCAAGCCGAAAAGGGGAAUGUCUUUGAUACGCAGAUUUAGCAAACGCAGAAACUCGGAGCCAGCAGCCCCUCCACUGCCCGGACUACUGAAGCGCACAUUCUCUUUGAACAACCGACGAAAGGCGCAAACAGACGAGGCUACUCAAACCUCUCGAGGGAAUGCUAACCCUUCGACUUUGUACCCAUCGGUCGAAGAUCAACCAGCAGACGGCAGCAAACUGCAUCCAUUUUGGAGGCCAUCUCAUUUCUGGGACGACCUUGAAGACGAGGGGUUUGCUGACGACGAGCUUACCGGUGGUGGAUAUCCUCGCAUUGACAAUAGACCUCCACCUCCGAAGAGAAGUUUAAGUGGGAAACUCAAGAGGACCUUUGCUAUUUUGCCUAUUGAAGAUGACCAUCAAUAUCAGCCAUACUCUAAGGACAGAAGGAUUUUACGAAAAAGUAACAGCGGAAACUUACGCGUCGUCAAACAAAGAAGUACCUCAACUUUGAGGAGAAGAGAGAGCGACCGAGGAUAUUACGCAGGACGCUCAGGUUCUAGAGAAGGCUCUUUUGGCUACGGCUUCAAGGAAGGCAAUGGUGGCAACAGAGUACAUACCAUUCCUGGAAUUGGAGUCCGAGUCGAGUACGUCGGCUGGAGCGCUGUGAAGCGGAAGUUUAGUGAGAAGCGAAGACAGCAACGGACUGCGAAGUUACGGGCAAGCAUCAGUCAUCCGCGAGAAGUCCAGAGCGGUGUCGAUGACGUUCUCCGCAGAAGAAGAAUGAUGUGA